GUCCCUCGCGCGGUUGCCCACGUACUCUGAUCUGCAUCUUGGUUCAGUUGGUUUGUUGUGGUCGUCUGAACUGAACAACAACAGCACUGAGCCCCUUGGAAUGCUUUGCCCUUCUUAACCGGCUCUGCCCCCUCGCUGCCACAAUUAGUCCCUCUCACUCCAACAAUUCACUCCCAAUAGUGUGCUUGCGCCACUGCGAUUCAGUUGGAAUCUCCCCGUGGCCGUGAUUGUUUUCAUCUAAAGAUAAAUCUCGACGCCUGCGGCUCUUGCCCGUCUUGUCUUCAAAACGACCAUCAACCCUCGCUCCUUCCUUCUCAUUUUCUGUUCACAACCUUGAUUUCGAGAUCUACACACUUCCCCGCUCUCUGCUGAAAGACACCUGUAACUUUCAAGAUGGAUCACGAUCAACCCACUCCCGUCAAGACGCAUGCCGUCGCUCACGAGAAGAGCUCAGCAAGUGACCGAUCUGACUCGGCUCCUGCGUAUAACGAUGUUGGUGAGAACUACAUCCCAGAAGUCCGACCGACAGGAUGGAAAUGGAAGGAAUUCAAGCUUGGCAGCUUCUCUUUGGGGUGGUAUGCUUCUCCACGAAUUCAACUUCUUCUAGUCUCAUUUGUUUGCUUUCUCUGUCCUGGAAUGUUCAACGCCUUGAGCGGACUGGGUGGUGGUGGUAAAACCGAUGCAACUCUCGCUGAUAACAUGGUACGUAUUUAAUUCACUUGCAUCUCAUUUCAUAUCCAAAUUUAGCUUUUUCUAAUUUUACCUAGAACAUUGCUCUCUACUCAACCUUUGCAGUCUUUGCCUUUUUCGGUGGUACUAUUGUCAACAAGCUUGGUGUCAAGUCAACACUUAGCAUUGGUGGAAUUGGUUAUUGCAUUUAUGCUCUUAGUUUGCUACUUUCUGUCCACUUUUCCGUUGGAGGUUUCAACAUUUUUGCUGGAGCUUUCCUCGGUGUCUGCGCUGGUUUACUAUGGACUGCCCAAGGAACCAUCAUGAUCUCUUAUCCUGCCGAGGAAGACAAGGGAAAAUACUUUGCCAUCUUCUGGUCUAUCUUCAACCUUGGCGCCGUUAUUGGUAGUUUGGUAAGCGACCCUUAGCCGAAAGCCCAAAAUCAUAUCUAACUUUUCAUUAGAUCCCAUUGGGUGAGUCAUUCAAGAGCAACAAAAAUGAAACAGUUUCCGAUGGAACAUAUAUCGGAUUCAUCGUUCUCAUGUUCUGUGGUUCCCUUGUUGCUUUACUUCUUUGCAACGCCAAGGAUAUCGUUCGUAAGGAUAACACCAAGGUCGUUUUGAUGAAGCAUCCUAGUUGGAAAUCCGAAUUUAUUGGUCUUUGGGAGACUCUCACCUACGAGCCAAUGGUUGUUCUUCUCUUCCCCAUGUUCUGGUCCUCCAACUGGUUCAUCACCUACCAAUCUAACGGUGUGAAUGCCGCUUAUUUCACCACCCGAACCAAGGCCCUUAACAAUCUUCUCUACUAUCUUGCACAAAUCAUCGGUGCAUUGGCAUUCGGAUACGCCAUGGAUAUCCAAGCAUUCAGACGUUCCGUCAGAGCCAAGGCUUCUUUGGUCUUCCUCAUGUGUCUCACCAUGGUUAUCUGGGGUGGCGGAUACAAAUUCGCGUUACGAUACAACAGAGAUGAUGUAGAUGUCAAGCUCCACCCAGACCGUGAGUUCAUGGAUUGGUCUACUCCUGGAUAUGUUGGCCCUAUGUUCCUCUACUUUUUCUAUGGAUUCUUUGAUGCGACUUGGCAAGCUGCUGUCUACUGGUAAGUUGCCUCAGUUACUGUUUUCGUGUAAAGAUUUUCAACUAACAAAUUGAUAGGUACAUGGGUUCUCUCUCCAACUCCGGUCGUCGUUCCGCAAACUACGUCGGAUUCUACAAGGGAAUUCAAUCAGCCGGUGCCGCAGUCAUGUGGAGUUUGGACAGCAACAAGCUUGAAUACAUCAAGGAAUUUGCAUCCAACUGGGCUCUUCUCUCGGGCUCCCUGGUCGUCGCAGCACCCAUCAUCUUCCUGAGAAUCAAGGAUCACGUCACAGUCGAGGACGAUAUCGCCAACACCGAUGCAGUGGUUGCUGACGUCGUACCCAUCGGACACCCUGAAAAGGCCGUUGUCUAAUUGUGUUUUUGUCCUUUUCUCUUCCUUCUUUCUCUUUUUAGCGUGUGCGACUAAGCCCAUCUGUGACAUAUCUGGGGAUGGAUAUCUGAAUUUGUGACAUUGGGAGGGGUUUGUUUCUUUCUUCAUUUUCGGUUGUUGCACACAUGGGAUUUGGUGCAUGAUGCAUUUUCGUGGGGCUGGCUUGUGCUGGGAGGGGUUUAUACCAUAUUGUUUUGCUCUCUAGUCUUCUUUUUCCUUUUUUUUUCUUCUCUCUCUGAGACCUUCAUACCCCUCUUCUCAUACUUUGAUAGUGAGAAGGAUUGAAAUGAUAAUGAAUACACGAGCAUAAUUGAUGGAUUUUUCAUCUCGAAA